UGCGCUUAGUUCGAUCUUGGAUGCGAUCGUGAGUGUACGUAGUUGCGGUGGUCUUGACUUACGCGGAGGAUUACGAUGGAACCGCGACGAGUAUUCCGACCGACUGGCUUACCGAAACCGCUGCUGGCCGUACUGCUGCUGCUCGGUUGCCAGCUGGUACCGGGAACGAUUCUUGGUCAGCUAAGGGACGAUGUGGAGUUUAUCGAUCCAACCGUUGGUCUGGGACCCGGCGGAACAUCAAGCGGCAUCCCGUUAGGGCCGAGAGGAUUCCCUGGAUUCCCGGAGAUUCUACCCAGACCGGAACCAUCGUGGAAGGCGGGAGCAACGCUGGUAGCGGAUAAUCCGGAGCAACCGAUCAUGGGAACGAUCACCUUCCGUCAGUGGGUGCCCGGGCACGUCGAGACGGUCAUCAACGCGACUGGGCUGCCGGUCGGUAAGCACGCCGUCCAUGUUCACGCAUUUGGCGAUAUGCGUGAGGGUUGCAAAUCAACCGGGCCGCACUUCCGUAGCAGUAUCAUCGGUAACAUCGAGGUGAAGGAGGACGGUAAUGCAGUGCUCGAUUUUCACAGCCCGUACAUCAACCUGUUUGGGCUGGCCGGUAUCGUGGGCCGUUCGAUUGUGAUACACGAGAAACCUUCCGAGGUGUACCGGUUUCCGAAUCUGUCGGUUAACAAUCCGGUUUCGUUCCAGAGCGAGGAGGAUACGGUUGGUGCACGGAUCGCCUGCGGUAUCAUCACCAUCCUGGAUAACGUGACAGCCUAAUCCAAUGAACCUGCGGCAACCCCGUUAUAUUCUUGGGAGGUUUGACUUUUUUUUUUUAUUGAAAAUACUUUAACCAAAUAAAAGCCCUAUCAAAGUCCAGCCGAUCGUUCGGCGAACAUGGUAAC